AUGCACUGGCUGAAUGAGAGUCCUGUGGGACGGAUGCUACAUCCCUAUACGCAGCUGGGGGAAGGGAUGUCGGGACAUCCGGGGGAGACGUUCUAUCAUUCCAGAUGUCAGAAAUACUUAUCGGUAGCUGACCGAAGCGACGUUGCCGACGCGCUGAAUUUAAGCGAGACGCAGGUGAAAACGUGGUACCAGAAUCGCCGCACCAAAUGGAAACGUCAAAAUCAGCUGCGCCUGGAACAGCUGCGCCACCAAGCGUCGGUGGAGAAGGAACUGUUGAACGUUUCGAAUUUGAGGAAAGUGGAGGCGCAGCAGCAGUGCUGUCCGCCAUCUUUGCCCAGGUACGGUGCUCAGAGCCCGUGCACCUUUCUGAGCACGGCCGCGGCCGCCAUAUUUCACAACGUCACAUACGUACACGGUUGCCAGUUGUAAACGAUACUGCUUGCAACAUUCAAAACCAAUGAGAUUCUAAAAAGCUGCGUCCACAUUGCUCGCGAGCAGGCCGAACGAACACGUGAAACACGAAAAACAUGGCAAAC